AACAGGAUGACUUCAUAGACUUUGGUUAUACUUUAUACGUUGUCAUUGGCUGUUGACGUGAGUGAUGUGGUUUGACGGGACAUCUGUUUGUACAAAAAAUUCCAAAUGAAGCACUUCAUUGUCUAUUAGUGAUCUGUAGUGAUCUAGUCUCUAGGAGGGUAUUUCAGGGCAAAGCCAAGCUGUUUGUGAGUAGUUUUUUUUUUCAAUAAUUUAUGUUUUAGCAGUUAAGUUUUAUUUCUUUUUUUCUUCACUAAGUAUUUAUGAUUUAGUGAGGUGAAUGAGCUACAGUAUCUACAAAACAUCUCUUCAAAAUUGACCAUUACUGUUUUUCACAGGGUGGGUUCUGUGUUUUGCUUAUUAAGAGUUUUAUGAAGGAAGGUGAUCCUUUCCAGAUUACACCACAGUAGAACAAUACUGUUGAGUCCAGUGAUGUACUUUCCAACACUGGCAGUAAUUAAUGUGUUUCCAGGCUGGCUAAUGUACAUUUCAGUGAUGAAUCACUGCAAAAGGGAUCACGAAAUCUUAAUGCUGAAAGUCGUCAUCAAUUAUUUGUCUAAGAGAAAUUAACACUACCAAAGAUAGAAUGAUGUAGGACCCACAUGUGAAAAAUAGUGGUAUUGUGCUGUAAAAAUGCCCUCCUCCCCCUUCAGUUCUCUUUCCUCUUUUUUUCUGUAAAGAAAAAGUGUCUUUUCUUUAACAUUUGCUUUUCUCCAGACAUAAUUUGAAUGCUUUCUGACUGUGCAUCCUCAUGCUGGAAUGUUACCAUAACUCUGCCGAAUUAUACAAAUUAUGAGCAAUACAGCAUUACAUUAUGUAUUAUUUAUUUUAUUGAUUUUGUUUUUGAUGCUAUGUACCCAAAAUAGUAUUAUUUAUUAUUGUAUAUGUCCACCAGUUUAAUAUGUCUGGUUCUGUAACUUGGGAUGUGUUGUAUGCAAAGCUUUUUAAGUCUCCCCUGGCAGACUGUGGUGUAGGUCACAGGCUGUGGAUGCCCUAAUUGUCCUCUGUACCUUUAAGGGAACCACGUACCUAUUUCAUCCAGCAGAUUCUGCGUGAUAUGAACUCUCAUCAAUUUACAGGAUCCUGUAUUCCCAGAGUGGAGCAGAUUCGGAGGAGCUGAUACUAGAGCACUCUUUGCCACCUCUGCAGCGUUUGAUUAAUUUGUGACAACAAAAGCGAUAAGUAUUUAGAAUUUGAAGGUUUUUUUCUGCUGUAAUUCAUACUCGUGUUUUCGGAAUCUUUCUUUUUAACUGGCUAUACUUGAGAGAUGUUUGUUUUUGCAGUCCGAGUGUUUUUGGGAAUCCUUCUUUGUGCACCAUACCAGUGCUUGGAGUGUCCUUUUGGCUGUGAGUAUUUUGCUGUCACUCGCACAGUGAAAUGUGUUUCCAAGGAUCUGCUCACGGUGCCACACAGUAUUCCAGGACAUGCAAGGACUGUCAUCAUCACAGGGAAUAAUAUACACCAGAUUGGACCUGAUUCGUUUACAGAGCUGGAGAAUGUCACGAAUAUAAUUUUAAGCAAUAAUAGGAUUACAGAGAUGGCAUCCCACAGCUUGUCUGCCCUCCUCAACCUGCGCUUCCUGGACCUCAGUGGGAACCAACUGGCACUCAUCCAUCCAGAAGCUUUCAGCAUACCUGGCAGUCCCCUUCAGGAGCUCAACCUGAGCCGUUCGCUGUACAACUUCACCGCUCGAUCAGACCUCACCACGGCUCUGCGCUGGGGUGGCCUCACGGGCCUCCUCAGCCUAGACCUUUCCGGGAACCACCUCUCCCUGCUGCCCCCAGGGAUGUUCUCCCACCUUCCCAACCUGCAGCAGCUCUACCUCUCUAACAACUCUCUGGUGGCUGUCUACAGUGAAACCGUCUCUGGCAUGAACCAUCUGGAGGUGCUGGACCUCACGCGCAAUGCCUUCGUGGGAUUCAGGGCUGAUGCUCUACAAGAGCUGGAGAAGCUUGGGAACAUCCGAAUCCUCCUUGGUGAUAACCCCUACACCUGCUCCUGUGAGAUCCGUAAUUUUGUGGCCUGGCUGAAUGAAUCAAGAGCUCAGGUAGAUGUGGAUGCUGUAAGGUGUGCCUCACCAAGAGGGUUGAGUGACACCCGACUGCGAGGGCUCGGUGUCCAGGCCAUUGGAUGUGUCCUUCCAGUCCAAGCAGAGAUGGCUGACCUCACCCUGCAGACGUCCUAUGUCUUCCUGGGGCUGGUGCUGGGGCUUGUGGGCAUGGUCUUUCUCUCUGUGCUCUACCUGAAUCGCAAAGGUAUGAAGAAGUGGAUCAUUGAAAUGAGAGAUGCAUGUAGGGACAUUAUGGAGGGAUAUCACUACCGAUAUGAGAUUGACUCGGACCCUCGGCUGGGGGACAUCUCGGCAGAUAACGUUGGCCGCAGGCCACAAGGGCAUUUAGGAUUAGCUCUGUCACAGCAGCUGCCAAAUGACACUGUCCAUGUUAUUACAGACACAGAGGUCAAACAGGUGGCAACCUCUCCACCUGUGAACCUAUGAUGUUUUAACGAAGCUAGAAUAAUUUCACAAAAUAUGAGGAAGAUGUAGAUGUGAAUAGUUUAUCCCAGUAGAUUUACAACUCAUUUAACGUUUUUGAGCCUUCUGUACAUACUGCAGUUAAAACUUAUAAAUCUCACCUUAAAAGUGCCUUUGUGUUUUCGAGGCACUGGAGCAUUGUAUCUGUAAAUUGACCUUAAUAUUGUGUGUUUAUCAUACUUUAAAAAAAUAUAUAAUAAAUAAGCUACACUGAAAACAUACUAGACAUCCCACAUCUCAGUUUUUGUCAAGUGUGAUUUCUUUGCUUGUUGGUAUUAGUAUCAUGACUUGAAAUAUCUUAACAUACUGCAGAAGACUGCCAACAAAGAUGAAUGACAUAGAUGGUAGCUCAAUGGCAUGGGAAAUGUAUGUUGACCUAAGAAACUGUAAUACAUAGACACCCAGUAAAUUUUAUAAUAAGACUUCACUUCACUUCAAGAUUAUGUAUGCUUCAGUAAAAUAAAAAACAAUCCUUGAAUUUACUUAACAUGUGUUGUUAUUGUGCUAGAUUUCGAUCUGUAUCAAAAUAUUCAAAGGGAUUGAUAUUAAAGCUACAGUAUGCUAUGAAACUUGUAUUUAUAUUUAUUACAAAUAAAAUAAAAUUUUGAUGUAUUUAA